AUCGCUUCGUCUCCGUGCAAACGCCUCGUCGUCGACGCAACAAACAACACAAACGCCGCAGUGCAACCACACACACCUGCUCGCCCCCAUGGCGUCCACGCUGACCAACGUGGGCCUGUCUACCCCGGCGGCCCUGCAGGCGAGGCCGCAGCUCGCCGGAGCUGGACGCGUCGGCGCCGUGGUGGCGUUUGCCCGCCGGGCCAGGUUCGCGGCGGUGAGGGCGAGCGGGCCGUCGACGCCGCCGGACAUCUCGGACAAGAUGUCGGAGAGCAUCGACAAGGCGAAGGAGGCGUGCGCGGAGGACAACGCGAGCGGCGAGUGCGCGGCGGCGUGGGACGAGGUGGAGGAGCUGAGCGCCGCCGCGAGCCACGCCCGCGACAAGCUCAAGGAGAACUCCGACCCGCUGGAGAAGUACUGCAAGGAGAACCCGGAGACCGACGAGUGCCGCACCUACGACAACUGAUUUUAUUCGCUAAUUAAUUAAUUAAUUAAAUUGUAUUAUUAAGGCCAUAGAAGAAGAAAGACAGGGUGGGGCUGGUGGUAAUUAUGGAUACUUGAAGGGUGGAAGUGGGGGAAAAAAUGGGGUUUUUAUACUUGCCUGUUGCACUAUUUUGUUAUAUAUUGGUGUGUGAUGAUAUAAGUGGGAAAUAAAUCAUGAAAUUUUCCUGCAGGAAUCUUGUGUAACUCUUUUGUAUGUUUCAUAAGACAGUCUUCACGGGCUUAGCCAAAAUGAGCCUUAUUAGUAGGCAA